AUGAAAUUAGGCAAGAACUUCAUAACUGGAAGAGAAACAUUUCUGACAUCGUGGAAGAGUGAAGAUGAUCCUUCCCCAGGAGAGUAUACAUUAAGGUUUUUAAUGGUUAAGGGUAAAUAUCAACAAUUCUAUAUUAGGAGAAGCUCUGCUAUUGAAACAAGGAUCGGGCCAUAUAAUGGCAUAUCAUUUUCUGGCCGGCCACUAAUUACACCUGACGCUAUUAAUCCAGUAUAUGUGAGUUAUAUAGUUGUGAACCAGAACGAGAUGUAUUUCACUGCUUUAUCUAGUAAUGAUACAACCACAGUCUCGUCAAGAAUGGUAGUAACUCCUAGUGGCAAACUUGAGAUCUUCCUGAAAAAAUUUGCAAACCAAGACUGGAUCAAGAGUAUCACCUUACCAGUGGAUUAUUGUGACAAGUACAGAGUAUGUGGCCUAUAUGGGAGCUGUAAUGCUGCCACGACUCCUUAUUGUGGAUGCUUAAAAGGAUUUGAACGAAAAACCUCAGAUGAUACAAGUGUUUGUCGACAGAGCAUAGCCUUAGAUUGUGGGCCUGGAGAGGGAUUUGAAAAGCUUUCAAGCAUGAAAUUUGGGGGAAAUUAA